AUGCGGGUCCUGGAGCUCCCGCCGCCGCCGCCGCUGCUGCUGCUGCUGCUGCUGGCGCUGCCCUGCGCUGCCCGCCGCCCCGCGCGCUACGACCCCACCUGGGGCUCCCUGGACGCCCGCCCGCUGCCCGCCUGGUUCCACGGGGCCAAGUUCGGCGUCUUUAUCCACUGGGGCGUGUUUUCCGUGCCCAGCUUCGGCAGCGAAUGGUUCUGGUGGUAUUGGCAAAAGGAACAGAGACCAAAGUUUGUGGAAUUUAUGAAGAAUAAUUAUCCCCCUGGCUUUAAAUAUGAAGAUUUUGGACCACUAUUUACAGCAAAAUUUUUUAAUGCCAAGCAGUGGGCAAGUAUUCUUCAGGCCUCUGGUGCCAAAUAUGUUGUCUUAACUUCCAAACAUCACGAAGGCUUUCCCUUGUGGGGCUCAAAGCACUCCUGGAACUGGAAUGCUGUAGAUGUGGGGCCAAAGCGGGACAUUGUUAAAGAACUUGAGGUGGCUGUCAGGAAUGGAACCGACUUGCGUUUUGGACUGUACUAUUCCCUUUUUGAAUGGUUCCACCCACUCUUCCUGGAGGAUGCGAGUAGCUCAUUCCGUGAGCAGCGAUUUCCAGCAGCUAAGACGUGGCCUGAGCUCUACGAGUUAGUGAACACGUACCGGCCCGAGGUUCUGUGGUCCGACGGAGACGGAGGGGCGCCCGAUGGCUACUGGAACAGCACCGGCUUUCUAGCCUGGCUGUACAAUGACAGCCCAGUUCGAGACACGGUGGUCACCAAUGAUCGUUGGGGAGCUGGAUCUAUCUGCAAGCAUGGUGGCUUCUAUACCUGCAGUGACCGUUACAAUCCAGGACAUCUCCUGCCACAUAAGUGGGAAAACUGCAUGACUAUAGACAAGUCUUCUUGGGGCUACAGGCGGGAUGCUAACAUCUGUGACUAUCUUACCAUAGAAGAAUUGGUGAAGCAACUUGUGCAAACAGUUGCAUGUGGAGGAAACCUUUUGAUGAAUAUUGGCCCCACACUAGAUGGCAUCAUUUCUCCAAUUUUUGAAGAGCGAUUAAGGCAAAUGGGUACCUGGCUCAAAGUCAAUGGGGAAGCCAUUUAUGAGAGUGACCCUUGGAGAUCUCAGAAUGACACUGCCACCCCAGAUGUAUGGUAUACAUCUAAUCCUAAGGAGAAAUUAGUCUACGCCACUUUUCUUAAGUGGCCCAUAUCUGGAAAGCUGCUUCUUGGAGAACCAAAAGCUACCCCCGGGGCAACAGAGGUAAAACUACUGGGCCAUGGACAGCCACUGACCUGGACACUUUCAAAGCCAACCGGCAUUAUGAUACAGCUGCCGCCACUGACGCCCCAUCAGCUGCCCUGUGAAUGGGGCUGGAGUCUUGUGCUCACUCGUGUGACAUAAUAUGCAGCCAAGAGGCCCACGCUGCAGUUUAACACUAGGAAGUGCCAGGUUUCUAUAAUUGUUGCACAGGGAGAAAACAAUGUAAAUUGAUCAAUACAAAUAAUGAGGCAAUGUAGCCUUCUUUCCAUUUCUCCCUAAAUUCUUUCGUAAAGUACUUCUACAGUGUUACCAUUUGAACUUUGCAGUGCAGGCCUCUGUAAAGUCUCUUCCCAUUGAAUUCCUUUCCAGCUGUGAACCACAGGUGGAAAUUUACUUCAGAGCAGUUAGCAACUGUUGGUGCUAUGAAUUGAAUUCUCCCCACACUCCAUGUGCCUGUAUUUGGAAACAGAAGUAAUUAAGGUUAAACCAAGUCAUAAGUGCAGGGCCCUCCUCAAAUGGGAUUGGUGUCUCUGGAAGGGAAAGCUACUCCAAUGCUGUGAGAACACAGAGGAGAGCCAUGGAAAAGACAGUGAGAAGGUGGCCCUCAGUAAGCCAAAGGCAGAGGUGCUGAAGAAACCAAAUCUCUCAACAUUUUGAUCUUGGACUUUGUGGUUGCAGAUGUGUGAGAAAAAUAAUUUCCCCUUGUUGAAUCUCCCAUGGUGUGUAAGGUUUCUUCUUCCUGUUUUUCUCCCUCCUUCCUCUCUCUCUCUCUCUCUCUCUCUCAUAUACAACAUAGAUAUUAUCUAAUAAAUUUGGCUUGGUAUAUA